ACACCAUUGACGCUUCGAACUUUAUGGCAAAUAGACGCUCAUUCCACGUGCAAUACACAAGUGAAUCAAAAGAUUCCAAGCAAGCCGAAAGCUAAAAUUGAUUUGGUGGCCAUUAAAUUAUUGGUAAAUAGCAGCAAAAUGUAUGAUGGUCUGGAACCCAUUGAAAUUUCCGACGACGAUGAGAUUUCGAUUUACGAAGAUGAAGUUUCGAUUUUAAACAUCAAAACACCUGCUCCGCUAAUGGCCGACGAGCGAAAACUAUAUUGGGCCGACAAAACGCGAAAGAAUAAUGUGAUUGCCUCUUGGAAGCAAUGUGAGCUCUUAUCGCGUCAAGUCUAUGUCAACGAAUUCGAGGAGGAGCAAGAAAUGUGUUUGAUUAACAUGUUUGAUCGUAAACUAGAGGUACCAAAUUACAAAUUGGCCAUGGCAAAAUCGUCACGACAGGACUAUCACAAUUAUAGUCGAGUAUUGGCAUUUCGUAAACGUGUUGAUUUACCGUACAUCAUCAAUGAAUUCAAUCAAAUGGAAGAAUUGUAUCCCAGUCAAGAUAACGAACCAUAUGCGGGUAUGAUUGCAUCCAGAAGCAAUGUAAAUGACCACUUUUACAUGGUUUUCUUUGACGAUGGGCAUGUUCAGAAGAUCAAUUGGAAGGAUAUUCGAUUGGUGCUGGGAAAUGACGGCUUGUCACAUGUUCAUUCCAAUGCAAAGAAAUACUUUGAAUUUUUCGCAUCGCUUUCACGUCGUCACGAAAUAGACAUGACCAAACUGGACAUUGGACAUUUUCUAUGGGUUGAAUGCAAUGGUGAAUGGAUCAUUGGCGAAGUCAAAGAUAAAGACAAGGAAUUACCGUUGAUUCAAUUUGAAUUGACUAAUGGCCGUCAUGAAUGGUUGUACUCUGGAUCGCCACGUAUCGGACGAGUUUGGAGACAUUUUAUUAAUUUGAAAUUGCUUGAUGCAUCGCUUCAGUUUAAUUUCAUGCCAGAAGUGGUAGAUAACAGCGAUAAUGACUGCAUUCUCAUCGAAUUACCAAUUGUUCAACCUCGAACACGCCAACAAGCCAUCGAAUCAACAAUCAUCCCAUUGGUUAAUUCGUCGAAUCUACGAUUACGCUCGAACCAUCAAUGCAAUCACAAUUGUAUCGAACUGGAAGACAAGGCCGAUCUGACUGGAUGCGGCUUGUUUCAACGUCCUUUGGCCAUUGGGUUUGAACGAGUCAAAUCAGGGUAUGUGGCUCCAUGUGGUCAAGUUUUAAAAGAUUACAAAGCCAUCGAGCAGUAUUUGGCAACGACAAAGGCAAAAAAGAUACGGAUCGACUCAUUUUCAUUGGACAAAGACUUCGAUCCGUCAGCCAACUUUUGCUCAAAAGCAGUUAAAAACCCGGACAUAUCAUUCGGAAAGGAAAAGAUACCGAUAUCAGCAAGCGAUAAGCCACUCAAUUUGGACGAAAAUCUUGACGAAAAUUUCAACUACAUUACUGAUUAUCGAUUUCCAAAUGACUAUUUGACGCCCAACAUCCGGACGCAAUGUUGUGACUGCACAGAUAACUGUGCCAACAAGUUAAAAUGCAGUUGCUGGCAUUUGACCGUUGAAAAAGCCAUCGGACGAAAACCAAACCAGUCAGACUUGAAAGAAUAUAAAAACUAUGGUUACAUACGUUCUCGCCUGUGUGAUACCGAGCGAUUGGAAAAUGGAAUCGUUGAAUGUGGCGAAAAUUGUAAAUGCUCAAAAGAGGCGUGUGUGAAUCGUGUGGUACAACACGGUUUACAAUUAAAUUUACAGGUUUUCGACACAAAAUCCCGAGGCCGUGGCGUACGUACGCUGACCGAUAUACCAGCAAAAACAUUUGUUGUCAGCUACUAUGGUGAAGUGAUCGAUCAAAAUGACGCAGAAGGUCGAACAUUUACGUAUUUUUUUUCGUUGGGCCAUCAAUCGAUUGCGACACCAAACUUGGAUGAUAGGCCAAGUCAUGCAAAGAGACCACGAAUCAAUACAGACGACCACGAUGUCAAACAAGUAUUCGUGAAUUUCUUUCCAACAUAUAUUACAUGGCCGAAAGACACCGACUCCAGUUCGGAUGAUGAAAGCGAUACCGAUGACAAAGAUAGCGCAAAGAAACAUAAAAUCGAAUAUGUUGUCGAUAGCAAUAACUUUGGCAAUGUUAGCCGCUUUUUCAACCAUUCAUGCGAACCAAAUAUGUUUGCUCAAGAUGUGUUUUUGAAUGAUUUCAAAUUUCCAACGUUGGCGUUUUUUACUAACACAGUUGUCAAAGCCGGCACUGAACUUACGUUCGACUACGCAUAUAAUGAAGACGAUAAGUACAAGACGAAAUGCUUAUGUGGAGCCAGAUCGUGUCGCAAACGACUGAUUUAAUCGCAUGAUGAUUAGCAUGAAUAAGCACGAUUUUGAUAUGCCAUGAUUUUACCUUGUUAUUACCAUUUUUUGAAUGUAAUUUUAAUAGCAAAUUUCCAUUUUUCAAGUCUACUUUUGUAAAGUAGCAAUAAUACUGCAUGAGAAUGCUCAUUUUUUUAUUCAACAGUUUUAUAACUUCAUUAAGGAUUAAGAAUUAAUAUUGAGUACAAUACAAAAAAUGAUCCAUCCAAAAAAAAUCAAACAUAGCAAAUUACCGAUGGCAAUUGAAAAAUAUCGCUAAAGCGAUACUGAAUGUAACGCUGAA